GGAAUAAGUUAUUGUUUUCCACUGAGAAUUUAAAAUUACAUUCUAGAUAAUCAAGACUUUCUAUUGAUUGGCAAAUUUAUAUAAUAUAAUACAAUGUUAUUGUAUAAUGUAAAUGUAUUUAUAACAUUUAUAUAGAAGAGAAAUACAAAUGGAAUAUUUUUGAGGGCCGUAAGAUGCCUGUCAAUCCAUUUAAUAAUGGGACAGCAUUUCGCUAGUCUCAAGGAAUUUUUUAGAAUGGAUGGUGAAAGGCAAUCGUCUGAAGCAUGCACUAAUGUUAUUCAACCAGAACAAUUGGAAAUGAUGAAUCAGGAUGAUAUAGGAAAUUUGCACACUAAUGAAAAUAAUGGAAAUGUACCUGCACUGAAUUUAAGUUUAAUUCUUCAUGAAGAAUGCAAGGCAGAUGGGAGUUUGGAUAAUGAUCAUUUAAAUAUAGAUCUAGAUAAUCAUAAUUCUAGAUUUGAAACUUUGUAUAGUCAACCAAUUGAGACUCAAGAUUCAAAACAAAUAUGUAGUAAUGGAAACAUAACUAGGGAGAUAUGUUUUAAGCAACAGGAAGCAUGUUGUAGUAGUUCUGAAGAUAGUCCAAUAAAUCCCCCUUUAAGAAGAUGUUCUAAAACUUUAUCAUUUGGAAAGCGAAAAGGUAAACAACGUAAUAAGGAUCAAAGUCCAGUGUGUACACAUAUUUUAUCUUCAAAAAAGAAACGAAGUAGCUGGGUAUUAAAAUUUAAUUGUGCUAAGAACAAAAAUUCUAAAAGCACAGAUGUUAUUCCUGGUCAAGGAAAUAACAGUUCAGAUUGUGUCUGCACUGGUUAUAGAAGAACUGAAGAACACCCCAUGGGAGCUGGUGUUAUAUUUAAUAGUAGAUCUGCUCCUCAAAGUCCAGUACUUGGACCACUUCCACCCAGUCCUGUGAUCGACCUCUCAAGAUUUAAUCCAGAAGAAUUUCCAAUGGAAGAUUGUGACAAAAGAGCUCGGUUACAACGUGCACGAGAAAUGGAGGAGGGCAUUGAACCACCUCCUGGUUAUAAGCCUAAUUAUCCUUCAGGAAUUCAAGUACAUCCAAAUGGAAUAACAGUAGACAGUUUAGCAGCUUUGUUUCAAGCACAUGCUGGUAUACAAGCUGCUGCUCUUACAGCAUUAUCUCAAAUCGAUUUUACGUUAAUUCCAAAUAUUGAGAGGCCAGCGCAUACACAGGUUGAUUACGUUCAUUGUCUUGUGCCGGAUCUUAGAUCGAUUACGGCUUGCUCUUUUUAUUGGGGUAAAAUGGAUAGGUACGAAGCUGAACGUUUAUUAGAGGGCAAGCAAGAAGGAACGUUCUUGUUACGUGACUCAGCUCAAGAAGAGUUUAUUUUCUCUGUUAGUUUUCGAAAAUAUGGACGAUCUCUACAUGCUCGAAUUGAACAGUGGAAUCAUAAAUUUAGUUUUGAUUCGCAUGAUCCGGGAGUUUAUGCUUCGGAAACGGUAUGUGGUUUAAUUGAGCAUUACAAAUAUCCAUCGUGUUCUAUGUUCUUUGAACCUAUGCUUACCAUACCAUUUCACCGAAAUUUUGCUUUUCCUUUACAACACUUAUGUCGAGCGGUAAUUACUACACGAACGACGUAUGACGGUAUAAAUAAGUUACAAUUACCAAAGACGCUUAAGAGUUAUCUCAAGGAAUAUCAUUACAAGCAAAGAGUACGGGUUAGGCGAUUAGAUACUGAGAAUGAUUUACAACCAGAUGGAAGAUUCAUAUCAUAUUUACCUUUAAUAUAA